CCGCCUCACCCGGCGUGGCUGCGGGACGGGCAGCAGAGCGGGGAGCAGCUGUGGGAGACUCCGGCUGGAGGCAGGGCAGGGAACAUGCUGGAGCAGCAAGGGAUGGACGUGGGGACCUGAGCCCUCCCUGUGCUGAUGGGACACCAGGACUGGGAUUUCACAUGUCCUGCCUGUGACCUACUCAGCACUAUGUUUAAGCUGAGCAUCUCCCUGGGCCAGGUUAAGGAAGGUGUGACUGAUUUCAAAGCCCUCCGAGCAAAAUUUCAAAAUGACUCUGACUUGGCUAACAAGCUGGCGCAGCCACUCAAGAAGCCUUCCACUGAGAUCACGUCCAAGCUGGGCUCUGGAGGAAAUGCUGUGUCCAGCCCUCCGCCCCUGAGUAAGAGAGGUGUGAAAAUAAUAAAACCUGCCCAUACUGCCUCCCAACCCUCUGUGCUCACCCAACACAGCCCCUUAGCAUGGCCUCGAGCCAAGUUGGGCUACGUGGAGCCAAUGGGGGACAACAAAGAGCACAAGGGCAACAUCUCAGGGAAAGGGCUGAGUUCUCCCCAGAACAGUUCAGAAAAGCCUCUGUUGUCAUGUAGCACUGAUCAGCAAGGAUCAGGCCAAACAGCUCCAGUGGAUCCUCAGCUCCCAGAUUCUUUCCACCACAUCCUACAGAUCUGGGAAGAGACUUUGUGCUGCAAUGAGAAAGGAAGUGCAAUACUCCCAAUGCAACAGGCAGCAAACUUAGACAUGCACCCUCGUCCGAAGCAGAGGGUGACACGUGCUCCUGUUGCAUGGGACAGCGACAGGAUGCAAUCCUCUGGAAACAAGGCUGUGCUGGACUGGCGUGCCAAGAAGAAUGCUCUGCAUGGCAGUGGGACAGCUCUUCCCCAGGCUUCCAGAGGAUACAGGAGCUCUGAUUGGGCAGGUGCUGAGGGUGCAGUGGCAACUGCAUUCUGCCAGGCAGGUUAUCGUCCACCAAGAGAGAAACCUCAGCACCAGAAAGAAUUGGAGCCUCCCUUCUGCCAGCCCAGAGCAGGAAAAUGGUCUUACAGCCCCAGGAACAAGUGGCCAAGAAUUAAACCUCUCCCUUCAGCUGAAUCCCUUGGUCCUGCCCCUGGGAAGCCUCCAAGACCCCCAAAGUUUGACCUCAGCACUUUCCGAAGCAUCCUGCCUUUGGUCCGCAGAGGAAAUGAAACAACUGCUGGUGAAGAGGAUUACUUAAGCCCCGAAAGUGCUCAACUUGAAGAGCAGAAUAAUUAUGAAGAAACCCCAAUGUACCUGAAUCAGUCUGGGGACACCACAACCUUGUGUGUCAUUGAAGGUACUUUACAAGUACCUAAGGCAGAGCCUCAGGAGCACAAGGGAAGUUCUCUGGCUUGGCUUUGGUCUCAUUUUAUGAAACAGAAGAUUUUUCCCUUUGCCAAAUACAGUCCUGAAAGAGCUACAACAGAGGAUGAAAAAGAGGGGAAACCGAGUCAUGAAAGACAGAAACUGGAAGUGAAGAAAAUUUUCAAGACAGGUGGAAGUGAAUACAUGUCUCCCAGCAGUCAAACCAAGGAAGAUGGCAGAGAUGGGAUGAAGGUCCUGCGAGGGAAGCAGGAUGUGACCAGUACCCUGCCUGCAAAGUACCCUACCCUACAAGGGCUGGCAAAAGACAGAGCCGAGCUCUUGCACAGCAUGGGUGUUGGUGCUCCAAAGCCAGGGAUAGAAAGAACAGCCUUGAACCAAAACACUUGGCAGCCUCUGCAGGCACCAGAGGAUAUAUACGAUGAUAUUGCAGAAUUGCAAGAUGGACUCAGCUACGGGUCAAAUGCCUCAAGUUCCUUCACUUCAGACAGCUUUUCAGGAAACAGCUAUGAGGAAACAUAUGAAGAUGUUGAGAUUGGAGGUGAUAAUCCAGCAAAACCAGAAACAGAAAAACAGAAGAGAUUUGGAAACCUGUUUAAGAUAGAAAAGUUGAAGCUGAAUAAUUUCAGGCUCAAGGAAAACCUAAGAUUGGUUUCCAUUUCGGUACCAAAUUUAGCAUCUGUAUCCCAGGAGGACCAGGUGUAUGACGAUAUUGAGGUGGAGCAGAGAGAGCCCAGAGAGAAGGAUGACAAGUACAAAAUCCGGAUGCCAAAACUUCAAGUGGUGAAAGACAAAAGGAAAAGCAUCGUCGAUGUGGAAAGAAAUAUCUUCAAAUUCAAGAAGAGCAGUGAAGAAAAAAGCAGGAAGAGAGAAAAAGAAGAGAAGUUCUUUAGAGAAACAUUUGUGUAUGAUAAGGAGAUCAGUGUCAUCAACACAGCCAUUGCUGAGUGCUCGGUCCCCAGUGAGAGGAGAGUGGAUCUCCCUGUCACAGCUGGAGAACAGCUGGAUGUCAUUGAUGUCACGGAGGGCCACGCAGUGAUCUGCCGAAAUUCAGAGGGCAGAUAUGGGUACGUUCUAGUGGAGCACUUGAACUUCAGGCAGACAGUACUAACUUCCCUGAGAGCUGCUCUCCCCUGGAUCAUUCCUGAAAUCUUCAUUGUGCUUCCUGCAUCCAGGAGAGCCCACGUUGGUCAACUGUGGAGUGAUGAUGCCCAUGUAAAUAAAGCUGAAUUAUUUUUUGUACUGUUAAAUGUGCAAGAGAUGUUUCCUUUUUUUUUUCCCCUGACAUUUAGAGCACGUCUGCAUCGAUUAUUAGUUAUUUUCAGUAUUUCUCACUUUUUGGAGUACCUUGUUGGUCAGUUCUGAAAUAGCCAUUUCAUUUCUGCAUUUGCAUGAAGAAAAAUUGUGCACAUUAGUUGCUCCAACUUGUUACUGUCUGGUUUUGGUGGCAGAAUUACAAAACUCCCCAAAAGAUUUUAAAAAGCAAACCAUAUAAUUUUGAACCGUUUUUGGUCUUAAAACUAUUGGGAGAAGGAGGAUGUAUCACCACUCCUGCUGUGUUAAAUAUAUCAAAUAGUGGAAAAGUUGACUCAUUUCUUUCCAAAAAAACAUGAAAAAAGAGUAAAUAAAGCAUUCAGUCAAAAUUUACUUUAUUUUUGUAAGCUAACUUAGGCAUCCCAGAUAUGUAAAGGUUGACUCCUGGCUCCCACUAACUCACAGGCAGUUAUCCAACAGUUGCCCCUGUGUUUGGGCUGUUCUCCACUGUGGGCCUGGAGGAUGAUUGCUUAUUUUAAGAAAAACGCUUCUAAAUGUAGGAAGAGAAAUAUAAAUUUCUAAUGGCUUCUCCUUAGUGUAUCCAGUGGACACGUUUUCCAGAAUAUUCUGUGAAAUUUUCUGUGAAAAGUAAAAGAAUGGGGAUAGGAUUUUUACAUGGCUUAGGAAGAAGAAAAACCCUUAAAUCUGAUUGUAGUGUACAGCUUUUGCCCCUCCCUGGCUCAUUUUAAGAGCCUGUAUCAGCUUGCUCAUAAAUAUCCUAAAAAAGUAGAAGUUUUAAUUAGAAAUUAUUAAAAGUUCCAGGCUUAAGAAAACACAGCAAAAUAAAAGUGCUGUUUGCCACAGGGCCAUUUCAAAGCUGGCAAAGGAGACAUCAGUAAGAAAACAGAGCAAAUAUUUAACAUUUACUUUUAAGUCUAUACAGGCAUUCUUAUUUAUUUUACCAUGUGGUUAUUAUUAAGUGCGUUGGCCUGCAUCCAUCCUUGAAAUAAAAAAAAAUAAAUAAAACAAUCCCCUGUAAGCAUGCGCAGCUUUGCAGGCUUGCCAGCCCAAAUAUUUAGACUUCUCUAGUGGUGAUGGAGGGUUUGGGGAGCUGAAGUGCGUGUUUGGCUUUGGCACAGGCUAGGACGUGCUCUGUGUCCUUCACCUACAGCCUUUGAGGGGAAUCGGCCUGAUGGAAGUUGUGGAGAUGGUUUAGCUUGGGGGCUUUUUUCCAUGGCAGGGUUGAGGAUUAAUACCAUGAAGAAAACAUCCCCUUCCUUGUCCUCCUCCCCAGCCAGUGCUAACUCACAGCUCAUGAAGUCCAUUAAGCACCGUCUCUGUGAGUACUACGAGCAAAUCUUGUAUUAGCCACACGUGUGAGCUCUUUUUGUGCUUCAUAAGGAAGUUAUUUAACAAGUUUUUCUCAUUUUAAAUUAAGGCUUUAAAAAAAAAAAAAAAUCUCCCCACAUAUCCUGUGAUAGACGUGAUUGGGCCCUGAUCCCGGUGCAAUGACGCACAGUCCUUGUGGGGUUGUGCCCCAAAUCCCCGUGAAACACAAACUUCUGCACCAGCAUUGGCAGCUGAUUUAAUGCAAAGGUGCCUGGCAAUACACUUAGAAAUAUAUUUCCCCAUGGAUAAAUUCCAAUGCAUGUACAGAAGAAAAGAGCUUUCUAUGGGAUGACUCCAGACAAUACAAAAAUUCUUUAGAUAGAGCAACUUAGAUAUCCUCAAUUAAACU